AUGGCCGGACGCAGCACCUCUGUCGAGAUCAUCAAUCCCCGUUCUCCCUCCAUUGAGAUCACAAACACCUACAUCAACAACAGCAACAGCCAUGUUCUUCCAUGGCCUUUUACUGUUGAGAUUCUUGACAAUCUUCUUCUCCUCAAACGCGCCAUCAGCGAUCUGACAGGAGGAGGGAACUGA